AUGUGGGGUGUGGCUGGCCAGCGUUGGAGUGAAUUCUUGCUGGCAAAUUUGAGUAAGUUUGGAGAGAUAUUUAUUGGAGUAGUACACCCCCUCCCCAUCCUCACCCAACCACUCAGUAAAGCUCCAAGUACCCCCAUCCAGGAUACUGGAUGGAUGAGUUUGAGUGAAUCCUUAGUGCAGAUUGCAAAAGGAGGCUGGCCCUACAAGCAAGAAUUCACUUCUAGGCUGGCCGGCCACCCCCCACAUACUGCAGGGGUGGGCAGGCCUACUGGGCCAGAUGCCCAAAUCAGGAAGAUCAAAAUUACAUUAGCAUGUCAACUCGUGAACUAUCAACUUGUUAUAUAUGCCCGCCUCUCAGCAUAUGCCCUAUUCCCAUUCUUGAUGCUUUCAUCUGCCUGA